AAGCACAACGAUAGACAGAAUUAAACAGCGGUAUGGUUCUAAACUUUCUUUGCUCUGAAAGGCGUCAAGAACAUGGUUUUAAUCAGAUUAAACAAGAUUCUUAAUCACCAGGGUUAAAACAAAGCAUUAUUGCUCUAAAGAGAGAGUUCUUGUGAUUCUUCUGGCAGUAGUGCUGGGAUGAUGAAAGCCAAGUGUGUGUAAUCGACAGGUAACCAGGAGCCAGUGAAUCAUUACCAUUCACAUACCAAACACAGGGAAAACAGUGUCUAAUAAAGUCACAUGAAAACCUGAACAAAUUGUGUGAAAUUCCCUCUAAUGCAUUUGAGGCAAGAAAACAGCCCUCACAUUAAAGUGUUGUCAGCAGGCAUUUAUUGAGCAGUAGACAGCACUAGCAGACAGUCCUCAGACCCGGUGGUUCACAGACCAACAUGAACACGAUUUUCUUCAUCGGCCAAAUCAUCGGCAUCGUCCCCAUCUCUGCCGUCCUGCUCUUCCUCCUUGCCAAGCUGGUUUGCCACCGAAGCCAUGUGCAGGACUGGUACGGCUAUGCUGUGCUGAUAACAGGCUGCGACAGUGGCUUUGGACACCAGCUGGCUCAAUGUUUGGACCGCAAAGGGUUUGUGGUCUUUGCUGGGUGUUUGUUUCCAGAAGGAGACGGUGCUCAGCGCCUGGCCAGACAGAGCUCCAGUAAUCUGAAAAUCCUCAAACUGGACGUCACCAGUGAUGAAGACGUGCAGCAGGCGAAGAAGACGGUUCAGGAGAAUCUGCCAGUGAAAGGCCUGUGGGCAGUUGUGAACAACGCUGGCAUAUCCGACUGGGCCGAGAUCGAAUGGAGCACUUUUGCAGAUUUCCGCAACAUGAUCGACAUCAACCUGUUUGGCUGCAUCAGGACCUCUAUUGCAUUUCUACCUUUGCUUCGUGCCACUAAAGAAGCCCAACAGUUCCCACCAAGAGCAAGCACUAGGAGGGGGUGGGAGGUGGCCGGGGAGGCAGCGACACAAUGGCCUCAACUCUUUGUCAGCGGUCUCAGUGUUGUCCACAGGGCUGAACCCCAAAUGACCAUGUACUGGAUGAUCCUGAUCCCACUUCCACAUUUGGCCUAA